AUGACCCGCAUCGACUUCACUUCAUCAUCACAACCACCUCUCAUCCCCAUUCCGCCCCCCACGACCCUCCAAGAGAUCCGCACCUCCAAGCUCCGCCCCUUCGGCCCCGUCCUCUCCGCCAUCGACAAACAAACCCGUCCCGGCCAACUCUACGUCUCCACCACCGGCCUCGAAGACGACGAGCACGAUCUGACCUUCCACGGCGGCAUCGACAAAGCCAUCCACCAGUACUGCGCUGACCAUUACUCCUACUGGGCCGAUCGCUUUCCCGAGGCCCGCGCACGCUUCAUACCCGGCGGCUUUGGCGAGAACCUCGUCGCCGAUGGCUGGAACGAGCAGACCAUCUGCAUCGGCGACAGGGUGCGCAUCGGGCCCCAGGAUUCCCUGCGCACCGGCGGCCGCAAUGGUUGCGUCCUGGAGGUCAGUCUGCCGCGCCAGCCGUGCUUCAAGCUGAACCAGCGCUUCGGGAUCAAGAACUUCGCUCCGCUCACUCACCAGGAGGCCAAGACGGGAUGGUAUUAUCGUGUCGUCGAGGAGGGUUGGAUUCAGGAAGGCAUGGAGAUUCGCGUCAUUCAUCGGAGUCAUCCGCGAUGGUCAAUCGCUCGGCUGCAUCACUAUGUCCAUCGCGAUAAGACGGACUUGGCGGUGACGCAGCAUCUCAUGGCUAUGGAGGUCCUGGGGGGUGAGUGCAAGGACGUGUUUAUCGACCGCUGGAGAGCCCAUCAGGAGAAGGAGGCCGCGGCUAAGCGUCCACCUGAGACAUGGAGGCAGUUCAGAGUCGUCAGUCAUACCGCGGAGACACCCCGUAUCGUGCGGCUGGAGCUGGAGGCAGUUCGCCGAAGUGCACCUUCACCUAGUGCUAUCCUACCCGGCAGCCAUGCCCGGCUCAAGUUCCCAUCUGGCUUACGCCGAGCCUACUCCAUCGUCCAUGGCGACACGGAUCGCUUCACGCUGGGCGUGGCCCUAGACGAACGCAGCCGCGGUGGAUCGAGCUAUAUCCACCAGACACUCAAACAGGGUGACACAGUCCUAGUGGCCUCCGUGAUACGGCAGGGCCUCGCCAUCGACAAUAUGGCGUCUCAUCACAUCUUCAUCGCGGGCGGGAUAGGAAUCACAGCGCUUAUCGCCAUGAUGAACCGCCUCAAAGACACCAACCAGGACUAUUCCUUACAUUAUGCUGUGCGGAGCACCACCGACGUUGCCUUCCAGCCCCUGCUAGCCGACCUACAACCGCACGUCACCAUCUACGACAAAUCCCAGGGCCAACGGCUGGACAUUGUGAAGAUCCUGCGGAAUCGCAUCUGGAACAGCCACGUUUAUGUGUGUGGGCCGCAGCGCAUGAUCGAUGCCGUGAUCCAGACGGCCGCUGAUGUAGAUAUGUCUUCUGAUGAGGUGCAUUACGAGUUAUUUAAUGGUGAGGAUGCCGGGGGCGACCCCUUCACUGUGGAUGUUGUUGGUCCGAGCAGAAAGUUAGAGGGGCUCCAGGUCGGCGCUGAGCAGCCACUUCUGGAGGUGGUGCGGGAUGCUGGCUUCGAGAUCGGAAGUUCCUGUGAGGUGGGGAACUGUGGCACUUGUAGGGUUUCUGUUCGCUGUGGGAGGGUGCUGCAUCGGGGUACGGCUUUGAUGGAGUCGGAGCAGAGGUCAGAGAUGUUGGCUUGUGUUUCGAGGGGGAUUGGGCAUAUUGUUAUUGAGGUUGGUGAGUAG